AGUAUAUAUAACCUGGAGUAUAUAUAACCUUGACAUUGAAACUCAGAGCAUCUUCUCAGAUCCACUCAGCUAACCUCACAUCUCUCAUCAUGUCCCACAGCUGUCACUCUGGAUACUUCUCCCACUCCUUUGGGGGCCACCUGCCCUAUUCACGCUCCUUCUGUGGUUCUUCGUACCCUAGGAACCUGGUCUAUACCACCAACUUCCACCAUCCCAGGACCUGCCACCUGGGCUCCUCUCACUACAGGGGCUGUCAGAAGAUCUUCCACAGGCCCUCAAGAUGCCAGAAUUCCUGUGUGGUGUCCAGGACCUGCUACCACCCAAGGACCUUCACCCACUGCAGUCCCUGCCAGAGCACCUACGCUGGAUCUCUGGGCUUUGGGUCCAGCAGUUGCCACUCCCUGGGCUUUGGAUCUAGAAGCUGCCACUCUCUGGGCUAUGGCUCUAGAAGCUGUCAUUCCUUGGGCCAUGUUUCUGGAAGCUGUCAUUCCCUAGGCUAUGGAUCUAGAAGCUCCUGUUCUCUGGGCUACCGAUCAAAGAGCUGCUAUCCCUCAGGCUGUGGAUCCAUCCACUUCAGACCUCUGGGUUAUAGAAUCCAUGACUGCCCUUCCCUGGGCUAUGGAUCUGGAUUCCACCACCCAACCUAUGUGGCUUCUAGGAGCUUCCAGUCUUCUUGUUACAGACCAACCUGUGGGUCAGCCUUCUAGAGAUAAAUCUGAUGAAUUUCUAGAUCUUUUAAGCCAAAUGUCUCACUGUCUCCUUAGAGCUGCUGUUCUUAGUUUCUCAGCAAUGUUAGAACCCUUUCUUUGGCAUCAAGCACAGGUUGACAGACUAGCACUUUCAGGCUGUGAAAUAAAUGAAUGAAUAAAAUAUAGAGUCCAGUGUCUAUAAUUUAGAAACAAGUAAUUCAUAAGUACAUAAAUUCAUCCUAUAAAAUUUAUGGAAGUUCAGUUAUAUUUGACCUAAUAAACUCAUUCACUCUUGCAUACCAUAUGUGGCUCUGCUUU